AUGAGCCGAACACUGUUCCAAACUAUCCGUGGGUCGCUCCAAAUCCACCCUCCUCUUGAUGCAACCGAGACCGAGGAUACAGCUUCAUCUUCGGACAAGGACCCAAGUUGUGCUGAUCCAGGAGUAGAAGCUACAGAUGGCGAUGCUACAGAGGCGAACGCAAGAGUCGGACCUGGAGAUAACUCGGCCUCAGCACCUAUUGCACCGGAGAACGCAGCUCUAGUGGAAUCGGAGGCUGACCGACUUGCUCGUCAGGAUCCGCUAUGGCACAGCCGCCACUUACUAGAGCACUUCCAGCGCAAGUUUGCAGCAACAGCAGUUCCGUUUGGUGUGAGCAGUCUAGACGAAAACGGUGUGCGAACCAAGGCUCGGAGUGCAGCGAAGUCUUUCAUGCCACUGAAGCCAGACAAGUUUGCGAUUCGAUUCUACGCUGUAGUGGGCUGGGGCUCUCUGUAUGUACACAUCCUAUGGGACAAUGGAUCAGGAAAUAAGCUGCCGACUACGCCCGCGCAGCGGUACACUCGACUUUUCCCAAGAAUGCGAACUCCGUUGGACAAUACGCUGCGUCGGGCGGAUGUUCGGAUUAAGUCGGAUGCUGCCGGUGCACUGUGGAUGGCUAUGAUAGCCCAUCAAACAAAACGCUUUCCAGCUCCAUCGCAGAGGCGCUUGCUUGUGUGCGACAAUUUUUAUACACGGCAUGAUCUCGCCAAUGCCGUUCUUGCGUUGACGGAUGGAGAAGUCCGCAUGCUUGGCGCAGUCCGGCGAGACUGGGCUGGUCGCUUAAACAAAGCGGCCGUUAGACUAUCGAUGAGCCUACUCACUUGGGCUUUGGAUAUGUCAAUCAUCAACGCCUUUGCGCUGCUGAAGCAGGUUGCCCCAGAGGCGGCAGACACACCCAAAACCCUUCGUGAGUUCAAGCGGAGGGUAUGUGAAUCUCUCACAGAACCAUACCGCCGUUCGCGAGAACGGAAACGCGCUUCAUCAAAACGGCCAAGAUGCGAUUCGCCUUCCAACAUGCUGGUCGAAGGUCCGGCACUUCAUGCUUUGACUCCGAACAGCCAUGAGAAUUCAAGCGGCAAGUUGACAUUCUACUUGUGUAGUUUGCGGGGAAUUCAGUCCAAGUCUUCAUACGGAUGUACGAAGUGCCAGCGAGGUUACCACGUUGCUUGCUUCUGCGUCAUGCACUACAAAGAUGCGUUUCAAGCCUCUACCGAUAGUGUCGCGCACGCCUUGGAGGCCAUUCGCAGUGCCGAAAAUGAAAACGCGCCCUUCAAAACGCGUAGACGUCAGAACAAGUCCAUCACAUCGUUAUCCAACCUGGAGCUGCCGACUCAAGAACAUUGA